AUGCCCUGUUACCAUGCCACAUUUCCACGUUUGUUACGGUUAAUGCAGGCGUGUGUUAUAGUUCUUGUACCAUCUGGAUGUGUAGUUCCUUGGCAGUGUGCCAGAUUUGAGGUGACAGCCGAACGUUCCGAGCUGCACUCGCCGUGCCGUGCAGAUGUUGCCCGAAACAACGUGAGAGCUUCGCAUCUCACGAGCUUGACUCCCUCUUCUGAUGCCAUCGACGGUCUCCAAGAGACACCGCUACUCCUCGACAAUGAGCCCUCUCGGCAAUCGAUACGAUUCGGGGAGGAAUCCUCACCAAAUCACACAGCACUAUAUACUAGUAGACUCGAGCAGAUUGCACAUGCAACAUCUCCACCACAAGGAAUGGAUUCUUGGGAGUCACGAGAGGCUGCCGCCACCCUGAACUCGUCCCGCUACGAGGAACUCAAAGACUACCAGAGAAGAAGGAAUAGCUGGUUCGUUUCCAGGGCAGCGUCGGGGCUCAAAGGCAAAGCAGAACCCAGCAAAGAGGAACUCGAAUUCAGAGAGAAACGGCGCCGGUACAAAAACAAUAAUGUUGUGCAGUUCCUGGCGGACCACGACGCAGAUAGAAUACAACAAGAAUCGAUUACAUACCAAAGCAUAAAUCCUCCUGUGGAACAAUAUAUGCAAAUGAUCAAUAGCGUACGGAGGGACAGGUUCAACAUACAAGUGACACCAGCGCCAGCCACUCUUCCUCAUCCAAGCGUUGCGUAUACACCGUUCCACAAGGAGAUCUCCAAGCAGAAGAACCUCGAGAAGAAAUUUCGCGUCCACUAUAUGACAGGUGGAGGGCGAAAGUCAAACUUUUUCUACAAUCCCGAAGACGAUUGCUACUGGAAAGUUCAGGCGGAUGGUACGGUCGCCUGUGUCAUGGCCAGAGAUCUUGCUGACAAGCCCCAUCACGAUCCGACAAUUGCAGUAGCUAUUGAUCAAACGGGAAUGUUCGAUACUCUAGAGGAGGCUACUGCGGCAAUUAGCUUGCAGUGUAGCGACUUUUACCUGGAGAAGAGUACCUGGACGUAUUAUUGUCUUCCAGCUUUUUCAGAUCUGCGUCCCGAAGAUUACAAAAGAAUGAAGAGGUACAAGAACAGGAUAAAUGAGUACUGGUAUCAUCGGUGGGCUGUCCAGAAGGCGCAAGAGUUAGACAUCCCUGAACUUCACAGACCGCCACGUCCUACGGGAGGUGUUCCACCGCCUCAGCGAGACGCAAACUACAAUCCCGUGGCUGCUAAACUCAAGGAAAAAGACGAGGCAAAGCAAGCGAAGAAACAAUUUGUCCAACAAGCCGCGGCGUUUUUAGAGGAAAACCACCCAGAACCCGAGGCCGUCAUCAGCGCUGCAAACGCGCAAUACCCUCUUCAAGAAGGCGUGAUCAUCGUGAGGCCUUCGGGAUAUACUGUUGAACCGGCCCCUGCAUUAGAUGCUGCGAGUGCUGCCCUGCUGGCAGCAGUUAACAAGAAGUUCGCGGAGCUUGUUGUGACCUCUGCCUUCGGGGACUGA